GUGAAACCGACUACGUCCCCUGAGAAAAAAAGGAGAGAGAGGUGAAGUCUGUUUGUUGUAGAAAGAUUAUACUACAUACGGGUGAAAGCCCAACAAAUAUAUUCUAAAGGGUCAAAACAAAAGAGUGCGGUAUAUUGAUUUAUAUUAAUAAUAGAAAGUGCCAGAGACGUGUAGAAUGAAAUUUCCACUGAGUUUAUAUGGCCUUGUUGCGUCCCCUAAGUUUCAAAUGUGCGUGGAUGCGGCCGAGUAUGUAAAUAGAUACCACCCACAGCUUUAUCACAUUACCGUCUUCCACGAGGUGCCCUGCGAUUACAACCGUCGCUAUAAGGAUUUACAGCAAAAGGGGCACUUGGGCGACAAGGUAACCCCAUUAGAGGCACUGCUCGUGGAGGAUGGGUCAGGGGCCGUGCAGACUUCGGACGACUUCCUUACCGAAGUGCAAGGUCAGACGGCUUUCCGCAUACAGUCCGUGGACCCAUUAUCCCCGGACUCGUUUGAAAACCGAGCGCAGCGCGCGUGGAUGGACUUUUUAAAGAAAAAAGGUAACCUGUACAGCUGGAUAUCUGUCAGGAUAGGAGACCGCUCUGUAGGUCUCAUUACAUUCGAGCUGUAUUCGAAGGUGUUACCGAGGACCUGCCAGAAUUUCUGGUUACUCUGCCGUGGGGAUGUCGGAACGGUCAUCUCGGAGACGGACGGCGGGCCAGUACAGUUGACCUACAAGGGGACCACCUUUUUUCGCAUCCUGAGGGACACCUGGGUGAUGGGCGGGGACGUGACCGUCGGGCACACCGGCAAUGGCGUGUACUCUUGUUAUGGCCAAAACAUGCCCGAUGAGUCUUUUCACAUUCCGCACGAUGGUCCAGGAAUACUUGGCAUGUGCAAUGAUGGCCCCAACACCAGUGCUUCGUCUUUUUACAUCACCCUUAAGAAGAUGUCCUGGAUGAAUGGGCGGUACGUCGCUUUUGGACGUGUCAUCGACGGCAUGGAUGUGUUAGACGCGAUUCAUGACGCUGAAACGAAGCACAAUCAGUCCCCUAUGGAAUCUAUUCUGAUAGAUGAUUGUGGUGUACUAAACGAGGGGAUGUAGACGGAUAACGCGGACAACAUGGGUAAAGGAGAAGGGGAGCUGAAGAGAGGGAAAUUGGCAUUGGCGUUCUCAUCAUGUAUAUCACCACCCACUUUGUAUCGUGCAAAAAUCGAUCAAUAGGUAAAUAUUUAUAUACCUUGGA